AUGGGGAGGGGACCGGCGCCCGAAGCAGCUGCGCGCCCCGCCCCGCGGGCUCCUCCCAGCCGCCGCGGCCCCUUAGCUGCUGCCCCGAUGCGCUGCUCCCGAAGCCAGGACUCAGUAGUCGCCAGAGCGGUUGGAGCACCCGGCCGGCUCCCGCCGCCGCUGCCCACACCCCUCGCGGACCCCAUUGGCCGCAUGGAGUCUCCGGAGGGCGCUGGUCGGGGAGAGAUUGUUAAAGAAGUCAAGGUGCCACAGGCUGCCCUGAAUGUCCCAACUCAUGAGACAGGGGACACUUGCCAUACACCUGUGGCAGAGGAAGAGGGAGUUGGCAUCCCAAUACCAGCACCAGGGUUCCUGCAGGUCACGGAGAGGAGGCAGCCUCUGAGCAGUGUCUCCUCUCUGGAGGUCCACUUCGAUCUCCUGGACCUCACUGAGCUGACUGACAUGUCUGACCAGGAGCUGGCCGAGGUCUUUGCAGACUCCGACGACGAGAACCUUGCCACUGAAUCCCCAGCAGGUCUGCACCCACUCUCUCGAGCUGGCUGCCUACGCUCCCCCUCCUGGACAAAAGCGAGGGCAGAGCAGAACCGCGAGAGACAGCCCCCCAGUGACCCAGAACGGCAAGGCACAGUUGUGGACACGUUCCUCACUGUGGAGGGGCCCAAGGAAGAUUAGCCCAACUCCAUCUGUUCGAGAGUUGCUGAAGGGCUGGGCCAGACCACUGUGAUGGCGAAUCAGGACAGUACUGUCACAAGAGGUGUACUCCGUCAACUCCAAGACUCCAGCCAUCACCUGACAACAGGUCAAAGUCUGGGUGCCAGGCACAGGCCUCUGGGCACCCCAGCACAAGCACAGCCCAGUGGCCUUAGGUCCAGCUGGUUCCUGGACCCUGAAUCAGGGAUGACACUGUAUGGAAUCUCUGCCUUGGGAUGAGAGGAGCGAUGGAGUGGAUAAUGGUGGCUUCGGUCUUCUAAAAACUUGUCUCUAGGACAAGA